GUGUGCCAGGGGGAAAGAGUGAGUUCAGAAAAGCAAGCUGGAGCCAGCUCACAGAGAGGGCUGGAGCGAAGGACCUGGGCUUUGUCGUUCCCCUGGGGCCUCGAGGACCCAACGAGGGUCGUGAGCAAGGGGUGCAGCUGUGGAGAUCUGAGCCUCAGGGCGACAGGCCCGCUAUGUGCCCUGGCUGCCUGGAGAAGGCUGGAGGGCUUCCAUCCAGGAGGCCAGACCCCAGGCCAUGUCAGUGGUGCAGGUAACAGGCAAUAGUGCUGAGAUGCCCGUGGCUUUCAGCAGGACGCCACACCCUAUGAGCACCCCCGCCCCCCAGGGAGCUGAGGGCCCAGUGGCCAGCACACAGCGUCUGCUUUCCCCGGGAGCCUCCAUGUCCCAACACUGUUGACAGUACCCAUUGGCCCCCUUGGUACAGACAGAUCCAGGACCUGUUAUUCCACCCACUCCCCAGCUUCCCCAGGGGAGCCCCCCGCCUUCUGCUCUUCCCGUCCUACACUGCAGGUCAUUGACCCCAGUUGGAAAACACCAGGCUCACCAUAUAAGGAGCAUAGGCCGGACCUGUGUGCUCAGCGGUGGCAUCUGCAUGGUGGCCCUGCCUCAUCUUGGCCCUGCUCUCUGGCUUGGCGGCCUCUGGCUUUCUGAGAAGCCCCUCCCGGCCACUGGGGAAUGGAUCCUCCCAGAAGGGGUCAGCAAUGGCAUCGAGGUCUACAGCACCAAGAUCAGCUGCAAGGUGACCUCCCGUUUUGCUCACAAUGUCGUCACCACCAGGGCUGUCUACCGCGCAGACACCGCCAAGGAGGUGUCCUUUGACGUGGAGCUGCCUAAGACGGCCUUCAUCACCAACUUCACCUUGACCAUCGAUGGUGUGACCUACCCCGGGAAUGUCAAGGAGAAGGAAGUCGCCAAGAAGCAGUAUGAGAAGGCUGUGUCCCAGGGCAAGACAGCCGGCCUGGUCAAGGCCUCUGGGAGGAAGCUGGAGAAAUUCACAGUCUCCGUCAACGUGGCUGCGGGCAGCAAGGUCACCUUUGAGCUGACCUAUGAGGAGUUGCUGAAGAGGCGCAAGGGAAAGUACGAGAUGUACCUUAAAGUCCAACCCAAGCAACUGGUCAAGCACUUUGAGGUAAUCAAUCACCCCUGCAGCUGCUGAAAGUGCAGGGGUGUGGUAGGGAGUGGGGGUGGGGAGGGGUGUUGCAGGAAGGGCCCUGGGGCAGACCCCAGAGAAAGGUUGAGAACCCACCAUGGCUGAGGAGCACGGAGCUGAGAGCCAAAGGAAACGCUUAACUGACUGAGCCACUCAGGCUCCCCUGGGGAGAAUCUUCUAACUCACUGGGGAAAUGGGGAAAUUUUCUUGACCCCACGAAGCUGUUUCAACUCCAGACAACACACAACUAAGAACCACAAGUGAAGCUUUCUUUUCUUUCUUUUUUUUUUUUUUUUAAAAAAGCUGUAUUAAGAUGUGAAACUUUAUUGUAAACCAUUUUACAAUGUAA